AUGACCAAAGUAAAACGGACUUACAGUUCGCGCUCGCGGCUAUCACUUCCGUCUUCACCACCAUCAUCGUUGCCGCCGUCGACAACGAAGCGCAAGCACUUAGGGGAAGCCGAAACAGAGAGUUCUGAGGCAGCUCAUUUCUCUCUCGAAACCUCAGUUCUACGGACCUGCUCAAUUUGUAGUCUCUCGUAUACACGUGGCGCACCAGAUGAUGAGUCGUUGCAUCGUGCCCACUGCUCACGUGUACAAAGGGGAAUGGAGUGGGGUAGAGAGGAAGAACGGGAAGCAGAAAAAGCCGGCGUUGAAGAAAUACAAUCUGCAGUGAAGCUGAAGGAUGGAAAGAAAGGUCGCAUUAUAUGUUUCAAGGCGAACGUCAGUGGAAGAAUUGGAUCUAAGCUUGCGAUAUUACUCGAGACGAUAAAUCUCGCCCUUUCAUCUCCCUCGCUAUCAACCGACAUUCUACAAACCUCGAAGGCAUACCUAUAUCUGAUACCAUCGCUAACCAAUGCGCACCGAGAGAAGAUAGUCGGCUGCGUCAUUGCUCAACGAAUAUCUACCGCCAUGACUGUCGCCACUCCCACAGAAACCUUGCUUACGCGUGAUGUCAAUCAAGCUGCCGACCAUGACUCGCCCCCGUUAUCACCGACUCACCGACUGGUCGCAGUCGACACGACAUCGGGACUCUUUUGUCAUCCCGAGGCUUUGCCUACGCCCCUCGGUAUACCACGCCUAUUUGUCUCGUUGGCACAUCGACGGCAAGGUAUCGCUACCCGCUUGCUCUCAGCUGCAGCCGCAACGUUUAUACACGGUUGUCCACUAGACCCUCUUAAUGGUGAUGUCGCAUUUACACAACCCACAGAAGGGGGACAUGCUGUCAUGCAGAAUUGGGGCGGAGGAAACGUGAGGAUAUAUGAGGAGUAACUUGCUGAUCUAAACAAAAAUUCCCAUUCGUUAAAGAUGAUCAUAUAGACUUAUAGUACGUGCAGAGAAGUGGCGUAAUCACUAGUAGCUCAAAAUGUACGAACAACUAUGCAUCGAAAACAACAGUAGCCAGCAUGGAACGACGGAGAGAACGCAAAGCGAUAGCGAGUUGCCUCGCUUCAAACUUGUCCAUUCUGUCGUCUCGCACAGAAUCGCGCAAAAAGAUAUGGAGAUCCUCCUCCGGCCAUGCCGCUACAAGAAGGAGGCGGGACUGGUUCUUGAUGCCCAG